AUGGCCAAAAAGAAAGGCGACAGGUCGGCGCAAGCGGAAACAGCUGCCCCUCCGCCUGGCUCCAGUCUCAUCAUUUGCAGGAACAAGUACGUACGUCGCCCUUUUUCGCCGCAACACCUCGUUUCGAUUUUCCAUACCUCGCGACGAUACCGACUCUGCAGAACAAGCCACUAAAUCUUGCUCGAUACAGGCAUUGGAGAUAUAUUUCUUCAUUCCAUGGACCAUGGCUUCAACUUCCCCCCGAAAUCCUCGAUUCGCUGGCGCAUCAGAACUACACCAUGCCUGCGCCCCGAUUGGUUGAUCCCGCAGUCUUCUACGAUGUUGUCAAGAUCCGAAAGGCGGUGGACGAGGCGGCGCAAGACUCGGUUAGGGCUUCGACGGGUAUCAGCAAUGCGGGUGCGAGCAAUCGGAACAUGGAUUUCUUUGGCGUGGGCGGUGGAACAGGGAGUCAGCUGAGUAAAGAGCGGAUAUUCAAGAUUCGGCAGAAGGCGGCCAAGUUGCUCAGCAAGGCCUUCACCCUGGACGAGGUUGCGGCGAGCGUUGCGACAAUGCAGGCGACCAGCACCGUUGAGGACGUUGCAUCGCAUGUGCUGAAGCGAGAGCCGCAUAGCACCGGUGCGUCGAUCCUUUCAUAAAAGAAGGAGGAUGGCGGUAGUGUAGUGCUGACAUGGGACUCCAGACGCAAAGUACGUUCACUUCUUUCACGAGAAGAUCCCUUCAAGGGCCAUGGAACAGUACACGCCCUUGGAUCCUUUGAACGAAAUCAUAACGAUGCUUCCUUUCGAACACCAAGCUGCACCUUUACGCACUCGCGCCUUGGUCCAGAUCUUCAAGCAUCAGUGGGACGGAGCAGCUCUGGACCUGUCCAUGGCCAUCAAGAUCAUGGACGAGCUGAGACUGCAGCACAAGCCGAAUCAGCGGCAACUGGAGCUCGCGAGUAAGAUGCGGGAUGAGCAAGAGGCUUGGCAGAAGGGUCAUAAGGAUUGGAGAUCGGUGCCUCACCUGAAGGAAGAAGAGCAACCGAAGAGCUUGGAGAUGCAACUCUACUUCAAUCGCGGUGGGGUCUACCUCACAAUCGCUUGUCAGAGCGUGCAUGCCGCGCUAGAUGGGCUGAAGGAGUACCAAGCGGCGCAGGAGAAGGGCGAGACGAACGGCGUGGAUGCGAAGGCGCAUGCUGCUAGACUGGAUGCGCGGAAGAAGGUCAAAACAUACGCCAAGCGGGCACUCAAGGACUAUACGACGUUCCUUAGCAAUUUCGACUACACGCCAGGUCUGCCUUUCGAGAUCACCAACGAGAUCAUGCGUAGAGUGUAUGAUCUCGCGAAUGGACACAAGACGCAGACCCCCCUUCCGAAGAAGAGACUUAUAGAAUUGGAUGGCGACAGCGAGGAAGCUGCCAAUAGCAGUGGUGAGGAGAACGGGGCUUCUGCGUUGGAGAAAUAUCAGAAGCCCAAGGCGGAAGCCUUUGAGCGCGGCGAAGAUGGCUGGCCUCGCUUUCCAUCGCCGAAGAUCCACAAGGCCAGUGCGUUGUUCGCGGAAAAGCCUCCUUCCGAUUUGCCUCCAUUCCCAAGUCGCGAGACGGAGGAAGCGAUGCGGAACAACGAGACCAUCCAUGAGGCCUUUGGCAGCCGUGAGGCUGUGACCUAUCACCCUCUGCUGACCGACGCGCUGCAUUCACUCCUGCUUGCACACGCACUCCUGCAGACCAGCCCAACCGAGCUCCUUCGUCACGCCCACAACGCCGGCCGUCUGGCUCGAAUUGCAGACGGCUACCCCAUAUUCCAGGCAGCCAGGAGUCCGGCUCGGGCCGAUUGGAUCGAAGUCCUGCGUCGCGCAAACAACUGGCUCGGGCUGUCUGUUCCUUGGCAGAAGCUCUGCGCACCUGCGCCUCUGCCCGAUGCUGCUGGUGGCUGGGCCAAGGAGUCGGGAUCUGGUGGUGCGCUCACCAAGCGUCGGGAGAAGAAGGAAGAGACGGCGGACCAGAAGCGCGAGCGGAUCAAGCAGGAGUCCAUCAUCGAUGCCCUCUCGGACGAUCGAGUGGUGGAUGAGGAAUCGUUCCAGAAAGCCGUUCGUGCGAGGGAGCGGCGAGCGAUGGAGGACGAGCAGGGGAUUUCGGGGCCGCUCAAAGACCGGGAUAUGAAUGGCAGUGGUGCUAGUGGCAAUUCUACCCCUUCAUCUGAGUCUAAUCUGCCGGCUCCUAAGCGAUGGGCGCAGGACGAGAACGGGAAAGAGUAUCCCAUCAGUACGGACCGUGCGGAGGCUAUCGCGAGAUGGAUCAAGGAGAGUCCGUUGAGCAUGGGUGGGAAGAAGAAGAAGCGGCCAGCAGGCAAGAGAAAGCCGGUUGGGUCUAGUGCUGGAAACGGAAACGGGAACGCAAACGGAAACGGAAAUGGAGUGCAUGCUGCUGCUCGAGGUGUUGCCGGACUCGAGGUUGAGGACGAGGAAGGGCCGGACUAA